AUGGAAGGCGUGGAGGACCUCCCGCUCGCGGCCGCGUUCGAGCGCGGCCUCGCGGCGUACACGAAGCUCCAGUCCGGCGCGCUCGACGAGGAGACGCUCGCGUCUGCGGCCGCGGCGCUGCGACACGCCGUGAACAGGAUCGACGUCGAGGGCGUCUUCUCGAAGAACGAGACCAAGGACGACAUCGCGACCGCGGACUUGAGAUAUCUCCUCGCGCCCUUCUACCUCGCCGAGGUGGUCGGCUCAACGCGGACGCGCGCGCCCGCCGCGCGGCUCCCGGUCGCGACGGAGGCGUCGAGCGCGCACGCGACGUUCUUGUCCUGGUGCGAGCGGCACGAGUUCAUCCCCCGCGGCGACGGCGACGGCGCGAGCGCGUCGUCCGCAGCGGCGGACCCGGCGACGGCGAGGGAUCGAAAAGUCGCGCGGUUCAAGCGCGAGAGAGCGAUUCGCGCGCGGCUGGAAGACCUCGACGCGAAACGCCGCGCGCGGAGGCAGGACGCGCUGUUAAACGCGGAGUGGGACGACGAGGACCCGGAGUGCGGUCAGGACGAUGGCGGCGAAGACGACGCGGAGGCGCGCGAGCGGUGGACGCUCGCGAUCGAAGACGCGACGAUCAAGGCGUCGGACGCGAAGCCUCGCCUGGAGUUGGAGCUGACGAUGCUCCGCGACCGCGAGGCGCUGGAAGCGAGCGCGGCGUCUAGGAGGAACGCGGACGACGGCGGCGGCGAGGAGGAGGAGGAGGAGGAGGGGGGCGAGGUGGGGGAGCGGCGGAUCCGAGGCCGCGGAGGCGGCGGCGGCGGCGGCGGACUGAAGACGUACACGAUCCGCGGGAAGGAUGGCGACGGGCGCGGGCAGAGCGUCCCUCCCGAGGUGCUCGCCGCGAUGCGCGCGCGGCUCGGGCUCGGCCCCGGCGCGGGCGGGAUCAACGAUCGCGACCGCGAUAGGAUCGCGCGCGACGUGUUCCGACCGAGCCACAUCCUGCCGACGAUGACCGUGGAGGAAGCCGGGGAGAUGGAGUACCGCGAGCUGAUGGAACGGACGGCGCGUCAGGCGGCGAACGCGAAGGCGGCGGCGGAGGAGGAGGCGAAGUUGACCGAGGACGAGCGGGAGGCGAGGGAGCUCGCGAGGACGCGCGCGUUCGACGAGUUCAAGGACGAUAACCCGUGGGGUUCGGGGAACAGCAAGCUCCGGCCGUGCUCGUAG